AUACCCCCUGUCCCCACAGACAAGGAGGGCCCCGAGUGCCCGCCCACGGUGGUGGUGAAGGAGGAGCCGCUGCCGGAGCCGCCGGCUCCGGAGCUGCGCCACAGCCCCGAGCCCUGCACCAAGAUGACCAUGAGGCUGCGCCGCAGCCACAGCAGCAGCCAGUUCGUGGAUUCGUACAUCUGCCGGAUCUGCUCGCGGGGUGACGAGGACGACAAGCUGCUGCUGUGCGACGGCUGCGACGACAACUACCACAUCUUCUGCCUGCUGCCCCCCCUGCCCGAGAUCCCCAAGGGCAUCUGGCGCUGCCCCAAAUGCGUCAUGGCGGUGAGGGGCCCCCCCCGGGGUGUGGCACGGCCCCCCUGA